CGGAGAUUGAUAGUGAAAGUUGAGAAACAUUGAUCUUAUACGACAAAUCCCUGUAAUAAGGAGACCUUCUUUAAAACCAUUACGAAAGUCGUGAAUGUGCAAGGUGUAUACAUUCACAGAUUUUGAUACUUCCGAGUUGCAUCUUGGCAGAGCCGUCUAGCUAUGAAUCAGAAGGACAAAGAUGGCUACAUUUGAAGAUUAUUGUGUAAUAACCCAGGAGGACUUGGAGGGUAUUAAAGAUUCCAUAUCUACUCAGGAUCUCCCAUCAGCGAUAAACACGAUCAAAGAAUACCUUAAAAAGCAGGAUCUUGUAGAGCUAAACAUUGGUGUGACUGGAGAGUCUGGCUCUGGAAAGUCCACGUUUGUCAAUGCGUUCAGGGGUUUAGGAGAUGAAGAAGAGGGCUCUGCUAAAACUGGUGUAGUGGAGACCACUACAGAACCAGAGGUUUACCUUCACCCAAAAUACAAAAAUGUGAAAGUGUGGGAUCUUCCUGGCAUUGGAUCACCAAACUUCAAAGCUGAUGAGUACCUUAAACUGGUUCAGUUUGAACGCUAUGAUUUUUUCAUCAUCAUUGCUUCAGAUCGGUUCAGAGAAUGCCACACUCAGCUGGCCAAAGAGAUCAUGAGGAUGGGGAAAACAUUUUAUUAUGUUCGUUCCAAGACUGACAUGAGCAUUGAGGCUGAAAAGAGAAAGAAAAACUUUGACCUGAAAAAGACACUGGAUACCAUCCGAGAGGACUGUGAAAACGGUCUGAGAAAGAUCGGUAUAGAAGAUCCUGUUGUGUUUCUGGUCUCUGGCUGGGAGCUUGGAAAGUAUGAUUUAAAUGUUCUGCAGGAGAGGAUGGAGAUGGAGCUUCCACAGCAUAAGAGACGAGUGCUGAUGUUGGCUUUGCCAAAUAUUACGCUAGAGAUUAACGAGAAAAAGAAGAAAGCUCUAGAGGAGGACAUUGGAAUAGUUGCCUUGCUGUCUGCUUGUGUGGCUGCUGUUCCUGUUCCUGGUCUUUCAAUUGCAGUGGAUUUAGCCAUCAUAGCAGUUGAGAUAGAGAAAUACUGCCACGCCUUUGAUCUUGAUAAGGAGUCUUUGGAGAAGCUCUGUGAAAGAUAUGGGAGGAGAAUAGAGACUGUCGAGAGUCUGAUUAAGUCAGCUUGGUAUAAAGGGAUAUGCACAGGUUCAAUCAUAACCAUACUAAGAAACGUAUCCUUUCUGAUAACAGAAGAUGCUGUUGAGUCUGUUGUUAGGUUUGUACCCAUUUUAGGUGCUGUAGUGGCAGGAGCAAUGUCCUUUUGGGCUGUGUCAACAAUGCUGAAGAGUGCUCUGAAUGACAUAGCAGAAGAUGCCAGGAAUGUGUUCAUAGGUUUGCUAGAGACUGAAGUGUAAUCAGACAGAUUUAAUGUACCAGAUAUUUAAAGUGGUUGCAAGGUUUAUAAUAUUGAAUAUUUAAAAGGUAAUUCUUUUGGAAAAAACACAAUAGUUCUGGCACAUUUUAUUUACAGAAUUACAGAAUUUUAAUAGACAAUUAUUUAUACUAAAUAAUAAAUACUAUAUCAAUACCAAAUAAACAGCCUGAAAAAAAAAGCUAACUGAAUUCAGAAACUACUUUAUUAAGAACACUGCAUGAAACUGCGGUAACAAAUGUGUUGAUUGUUUUCAAGCAUAAAUAUACAAAUGUAAACAGCACUUCUUCAUGCAGUAAAACUUUAAACUCAGUAAAACCAUUGGACUGUUAUUGAAUUAUUGAAUUACUAAUGUUGAUUUAUACAAAAAGUGCAAUCUUCCUAUAAAAAGUAACAUUACACACUGCAUAGAACAGGUGGCAGUCUAGUUUGCAUUUACACUCCAAGACUUAAUACACCGAUCUAAUUUGAUGUACUGUAUCAGAUGUUUUAUCCUAUCCAUUGCUAAAGUUAUCACUGUGAAGGCAGUUUCAGAUUUAGUCCACCAUUUAAAUAAGGUUGUUAUUUCCACCAAUUAAUAAUAAAAAAAAAAGGUAAUUGUGACUUUUUAUCUCACAUUUGUGAGUUUACAUCUAAGAAUUGCAGGAUAUAAACUCCCAAUUCCAAGAAAUAAAGUCAAAAUUAACAGAUAUAAAACUCACAAGACUUUUUCUCAUAAUUGCGAGUUUAUAUCUUGCAAUUCUGACUUUUUUUUCUCACAAUUGCGAGUUUACAUCUCAAAAUUCUGGCUUUUUUCUCAGAAUUACGUGAUAUGAAAGUGAAAGUAACAUGACAUGUGGCCAAGUAUGGUAAUCUAUACUUGGAAUUUGUGCACUUCAAAGCUCAAAAGUCUUAAUAUCAAAUUUAAAUUUAAUUUUCAUUGUGAUAUGUUUAUCCUUCAAAGACUAAAAGUUUCACAGUGAGGAAACUAAUGCUUUUAUUUUAAAAUUAUUAAAAAACAUGAAAUUAUUUCUAUGGCUGCAGAGGGGCACUAUGGCUCACUUAAUGGUUCAUUGGCCAUUUCUGCUCCCUAACAGUUAUUUAAUACAUUUUCCUUUUGAAUUUCUUUUUAGUGAUUCUUAAUUUCUUUACAGUGUUAAAUCUAAAUAUUCAUCUUAUUACCAGUGCUUUUUUACAUCUCACCUUACUUGUAGCAUUGCUGACCUCUGGUUGUUGUCCAUUUUAUAAGCCUACAUCAGUAGUGUAGUCUAGUUUUUUGUAGUGGGUAUACUCUGAUUUUUCCCUCCCAGCCUCAUUCUCACCGUCCCAAAGAAACAUCCCAUAAGUAUUUCAAUACUGUAAGGUAGAGCGGAGCACAAGCUAUUUUUUUUUUACUUCAUCAGUUUAUGUAAAUCCACAUGGGGUUCAGAGUAAUUUCACACUUAAUUACAGUGAAUACGUUUUUCUUUAUUUACCCCAAAAGAAUGGAAGUGAAAUGUGACAACAUGCCCCAGGUGGGGUACAUUGUAACAUCUGAAAGACCAUAUGAGAGCUUUAAAAUGUUAUCUGAUCUAAUUGUGGCGAGGUAGCGUCGAGCAACAGAGACAGUGGAGAGACGACUACGCCACCCUAGGACUUGCACCCAGGGAAAUACUAUGCACCUUCAGGUGCUACUCAAAGAAAACAGGUCCGAUUCUACUGAAUGAGCAAGAGACGUGACUUACAAAAAUUAAACAUUUAUUUGGCACAGAAAUCAUUAAUCCUCAAACAUGCUGAAGAAUGGUCUCAUCAACAGUUUACCAAUUAAAUACCCACAGGUUACAAAGAGACCAUAACAAGCCUUAUUUGGACAGAAGGGACAAGCCCCACAGCAAAUCAGUGCAUUCAAAUUCAUAAAGCAAGUGACAAACCAAAAAGAAAAGAAACUACAACAAAAGAAACAAAAUACACUCCCCUUCUGUCAAGAUUGAGUAUCACAGCUCGUUAAACAUUCACCUGUGGAUAUAAAUGCACCGUCAUACAGAUCGAUUGAACAAUAGUCUUACAAACACUCAGAGGGGCCACGGUCCAACACCGUGAUGGCCACACAGUCAGCUGCAUGCACAGGACAAUGAAACCGUAAGAUCAGACAGUAUACGAAAGCAGCCGUAGAUGAAACCGGUGUAGGAAACAACCAUAGAUACAGGGUUAUAAAACAACAGCUAGCGCUCUCAGGCCGCACCUAGACAACAGACACACCAGAGGUGUUCAGAUGAGUCAUGAUCGCUAAUGCCGGUGUUUUCUUCACUAGCUCGCUGACUGAAUACCUCUUUCUGGCGAAUUCUCUCGUCAGAAACAACAAAGUGCAAAUGUGUGUACGAAUCUGUAAGAUUAAUUUCAUAGUGUAAACAGCUUCAGUGAUUUUAAUGGGAAUUUUUGAGAGUGCUUGAACUAGACUCAGUGAAAAUGUUCUUUGCUCUCUUUCUGUACAAUGAAAGUGUUAUGAUUAGUAGCCUAACUUGCAAUGUUUUUAUUCACAUUACAUUUAAAGUCAGUCGUAUUAAAAAUAUGUUAUGGCAUGACACCCAUAAACGGACAGGUUUUUAUGCAUAGUUACUGUAAUACUAGCACCCAUUCAAAAAUUGUUUUAGAAAGAAAUGUGAAAACUCAUGAAAUUGAUAUUUACAAUUGCAUUUUUUUGUGUUGUGUAAUAGUAUUAUAGAAAAAUAAUAAUUUUACAUUCCUUUGUGAUUGUUAUUUAUUAUUAUUGGUAAUAUUGGUAAAUAUAAAUGUAGCAAGGCAAUGAGACAACAAAUAACCCAAUGUUUAGGUAAUGUUUAACCCAGCAACACAGUUAACCUGACCCACUGGUUGGGUUAAAUAAACAACCCAGCAUUCUGGGUCAAAUGGUUAAACCCAGCACUUGGGUCAAAACAACCCAGCAUAGUUACCCAGCAGCCAAAAGCACUUAUGUUUUAU